AUGGAGCUUUAUUACACCAAAAACCACUUCGUCGUCCAAGUAGUGCGAAACUUGAAUCCGAUGUUCAGGUUAUCAUACCCAAACCCUAUGGUUGGACACUGGAUCCAGAAUCUCACCUUGAAGCUUAACUUCUUGUCGUAUGAUAACGGUGGCUUUGGGCAGCGUAACAUCUCUUCCCGCAGUGGCCAGUGGAAGUUUCUGCUCAACGGUUUCGAUCCCGAUGAAAAGUGUGCCCUGAGCGCCGAAUGGUACAACAAGCUGAGCUUGAAGAAUCUCAAAGUCAUCCUAUACCUCAAUGACAAAACCUGCUUCAUGAAGGGGCGCUUGAAGAAUCUCCCUCUGGAUCACUGUCGUCGGAUUGCUAGGUUGGGUUUCGAAUGCACGAGCAUUGCUACCAAAGCGAAGAACUAUACCUUCGAGGUUACGGGUAUACAGUGUAUGACACAGAAUGGAUCUUCGUUUUGUCAUGGGGCUUGUUCAAAGAUUAUCGUGGACGUUCUUGGGGACAUGGUGCCGACUGAGUAG